AAACACUCACGGUAGGUCCACACGAGGAGUAACAAAGUGAACACAUGGAAAAGCAAAAGACUGACCGAACUGUCCGUUCUGUGCCCAUGUAGGACUCGUUUUUUUCUGAGAUUUGGGGAUGCUUCAAAUCAGAAGCUUCCCCUGUGACAGACCUGUCUGAGCUCCGCUGAACACUGCUGAACAUGACCCAGCCCAAUGUGAGCCUGGUGACUGCCAACCUCAGCGGGGCCUGGGCCAGGGCCGGAAGCGACGACCUAGGGUAUGGAGCAGGGAACUUCUAUCGUCCGUUCUCAGUGUUCAGCGUGCUAACUCUCACCCUGCUAGCCAUGCUGGUGGUGGCCACCUUCGUGUGGAACCUCCUAGUUCUCCUCACCAUCCUGAGGGUGCGUACCUUCCACCGCGUGCCCCACAACCUGGUGGCCUCUAUGGCCAUCUCGGACGUGAUGGUGGCUGCCCUGGUCAUGCCCCUGAGCCUGGUGCACGAGCUCAAUGGGAGGCUGUGGAAGCUGGGCCGCGUGCUCUGCCAGGUGUGGAUCUCCUUCGACGUGCUCUGCUGCACGGCCAGCAUCUGGAACGUGACGGCCAUCGCCCUGGACCGCUACUGGUCCAUCACCAGACACUUGGAGUACACGCUCAAGACCCGCAAGAGGAUCUCCAAUGUGAUGAUUGCUCUUACCUGGCUGUUGUCCUCCGUCAUCUCCCUGUCGCCGCUGUUCGGCUGGGGGGAGACCUACUCGGAGGAGGGCAUGGAGUGCCAGGUGAGCCAGGAGCCCUCCUACACUAUCUUCUCCACCUUCGGAGCGUUCUACCUGCCGCUGUGCGUGGUGCUCUUCGUCUACUGGAAGAUCUACAAGGCUGCCAAGUUCCGUAUCGGCUCGUGCAAAACCAACACCAUCACGCCUAUGGCUGAGGUGAUUGAGGUGAAGGAAACGUCGCGGCAGCCCCAGAUGGUGUUCACAGUGCGCCACGCCACUGUGACCUUCCAGACGGACGGCGACACGUGGCGCGAGCAGAAGGAGAAGAAGGCGGCGCUGAUGGUGGGCAUCCUGAUUGGCGUCUUCGUCCUCUGCUGGAUCCCCUUCUUCCUCACGGAGCUCAUCAUCCCGCUGUGCCACUGCGACAUCCCGCCCAUCUGGAAGAGCAUCUUCCUGUGGCUGGGCUACUCCAACUCCUUCUUCAAUCCGCUUAUCUACACCGCCUUUAACAAGAACUACAACAACGCCCUUAGGAACCUGUUCUCCCGUCAACGCUGAGGCUGAGGGCUAAAGGGUGAGGGCUAAAAGAGAAUGAGGGCUAAAGGACAAAACAGAUCAUGCCAAAUAGCGGUUAAAAUCAACGGGUGGCCGUUGAAUUGUCUCUGACCACAGAAAAUUGGCCAUCAUUUUCUGUUAAUUUAAAACUAAGGCUGAGGCUGGGGAUGAGGCAGAGGCGGAGAAUGGGGCUGUCUUGAAAAAACACACCAUCACAUGAUCAAAUUGAUGUCACAGGAAUGGUGUUGAGGGGGGUAACUUUCCUUAGAUACUCCAUAGACUGAAAACAAAAUAAAUAUGGUUCUCUCAUAAACCAUAGGACUCAACUACAAACCAUGGCCAGCUAGCACAUUUGGUUCCUUGGAAGUUGUGGGAACGUACAUUUUUGUUUUCCCAUUGGUUCUGGGAAUGAAGCCAUACGUUUCCUGACUGUUAAAACGGAAUGUUUUUUUAAACGUUCUGAGAAUGGAAGUGAAAAUUUCACCUGUUCUGGGAACUUACAUUUUUAGGUUGCAGAGAGGUUCUGAGAACAUUUUUCUAUUGUUCCCUGAAUGUUAAAUAACACUGCUAGUUUAACUCCAAGCACAGAUAGAACAUUAUUUGCGCAGGCAUUAAUCAUGCAAACACAUUUCUUUCUUCUUGUGGCAUGAUGUCAGUGAGAUUCAAACCUAUGAUCUUCUGCUCUCUAUCCAUGGAAUUAGUCCACUCCACCACCAGGAUGGAACUAGCUAUUCAUUUAAACAGACCCUAUUUCAAAGGAAACAAGCUCUUAUUAGGAUCAGGUGUAGCCAAUUAGUAGGUGCGGCCAACAAACCUGAACAGACUUAACAAGAUUUUUGUUGAUUGUGAGAACGGGAAUGUAUAUGUUUUAAAUAACAUUGUUAGAACGUUCUGGGAAUGUUACUAAUGUUUUCUUGUGUUUUUUUUUAUGGAAAGUUUUCUUAAUGUUCUGAGAACAUGACUUUAAGUAGAAUCAUGAGGAAACCUGUAGAAAACGUUAUGCUGAAGUACUGACAUGUCCACAGAAGAAUAUUGUUUCUUAAAGUUAUCUGAAUGUUCUGAGAACAUGACUUUUAAUAGAACCAUGAGGAAACCUGUAGGAAGUGUUAUGGGAAGGUUGUAUGCAAAAUAACUAUAGGAGAACCACGCUCUCACCAAGCUCUAAGAAACAUAUGGUUCUCAGAACGUUAUGUGCUAGCUGGGUAUAUAAUCAACAAACCGUGGACUACAUUGUAAAAUAUGUAGUAGAUAACAAACUAGGAACCACAUUACAAUCCGUGGAUUUGACAACCAUCUAUACACUCCGUAGAUUUUUAACAACUAUUGAUUUUCUCUGUGAAUAAAACCGAUUGUGGUCCACAAACUGAAGUCAUCAAGCAUUAUUGUGAUCAUCUUGUAACUGACAUACACCAUAUUGAGAAAGUACAGUUUUAGAUUGCUGUGUCCAAAUAAGAUAAUACUGUAUCAAAAUGAAAUAAACGGAUCAAAAUGAAACAGGGGUUGAUCAUAAUCUUUACUCUCAAUUGUUUGAGAUCAUAAAAGUCACAGGUGUCUUCAUAUUAUAGAGAAAUC